CCGAGCCGGAGGGCCGCGCCGCGGGCAGAGCUCGGGGGGGGCGUCCCUCGGAGCGCUGCGAGGCUCCCCUCCCCUCCCCGCCUGCCUCCCGUCCUCUGCCCCGCAGGCCAGCUGCAGACCCACGCCUACUGCGAGAGCCCCGACGUGGUCCUCUGCGGAAACAAGAGCGACCUGGAGGAGCGGCGGGCGGUGACGGCGGGCGAUGCCGAGGCGCUCGCGGAGAAAUACGGGGCCCCCUACUUCGAGACCAGCGCCGCCAACGGCGCCAACGUGGGCCCGGCCGUCGAGGCGCUGCUGGGGCUGCUCAUGGCGCGCAUGGAGCGCUGCGCGGACCGCGCCUGGAUCCCCGAGGGCACGGCGCGGCCCAACGGACCCGACCCCGCCGCGGCGCCCCCGGGGCCGCGGCCGUCGAGCAGGUGCGGCUGCUGAGGCCCUCGGCCGCGCCGACUCGCGUCCGGCAGAUGCGCAAUAAACUACUCCACGGUGAGACCCCGAGUCCUCUUUGCGGCCGCUUGAUGGGGGCGGGGGGGCGCGGGCGGGAGCGGGGCCGGCUUCGCCUUCGCCUUCGCCUUGAGGACUAGCGCCGCGGAACCACGCGAGAGAGAGACCCGGCCCCCCGCACGCAUCACGGACGCAAACGCAUCGCGGGGCGGGGCAACGGCGCUCCGGACCUGGCUCCUCCCACCGCGGCCCUCGCUCGACGGACGGAGCGGGGCCCGCGUGGGCGGGGCCUCCGCAUGACGCACGGGCGAG